AUGUAUGAAUUUUUAAACUUGUGUGUUUAUUUAUUUUUUGUUGGUACCAUCUGUUGGAAAUUACCAUCUUUAAUUGGUAAAUUCAGAUUCAAAAACACCAAAAGAAACAACAAAGAAAAAGAUGACUGCCAAUGUUGGAACAGCGAAGACAAUUUCUGGGCAAGUCAAGUACUCCAAAUCCAACUACAAGAACCACAAGAACACCUCAAACACCUCCAAAGCCUCCAAAUCCCCCAACAACUCCAUAUUUACCAAGAACAAGAACACCUCCAACAACCUCAAAAAGUUCACCAAAAACUCCAACCAAAAGAACCAAAAAAACCACAGCAAUCACAACCACAGCAAUCACAACAACCAAAUUCACAAGGACCAAUCCCAUUCAUACAGCUAAUUCGUCAGCGACCCCAACAUCUACAACCCCAACAACCACAACAACCAAUCCCAUUCAUCCAGCGAAUUAGUCAACAACCCCAACCCCAAAAACCACAGCAACCCCAACAACCAAAACACCCACAACAAUCCCAAAAACCAAUUCCACAAAGACCAAUCCCAUUCAUCCAGCUAAUUCGUCAGCAACCACAACAUCAACAACCACAACAAUCACAUCAACCAAUCCCAUUCAUCCAACGAAUUAGUCAGCAACCACAACAUCAACAACCACAGCAAUCACAACAACCAAAGCAACCACAACAACCAAUUCCAAAACAACCAAUUCAACAACAACCAAUCCCACAACAACCAAUCCCACAACAACCAGUCCCACAACAACCAGUCCCACAACAACCAAUCCCAUUUAUCCAACGAAUUCAUCCAACUCCAUUGAAUGAAACAGAAAAGGCAUAUAUACGUUUAAAUGAACGUAUCGAAAUUUAUCAACUUAUGCCAAAAAAGGAAAUCCCAGGUGAUGGUAAUUGCCAAAUGCAUGCGCUAUCAGAUCAGAUAUUUGGUGACUUGGAGCAUAGUGUAAUAAUAAGAAAUAACAUUGUCUAUUGGCUUAGACAAAAUAAAGGUUUUUACCUUCCAAAUGGAGAAACCCUCUCAGACUUUGUAACUACAAACAGUUGGGAGGAAUAUUGUGAUAGUAUGUCCAAAAAUGGCACAUGGGGCGAUCAUUUAACAUUGGUCGCUGCAGCUGAAAUUUAUAAGAUAAAUAUUUCUAUAAUAUCUUCAGUUGAAUCCGAGAGUAGUUCUUUCAUAGAAAUUACUCCAAGUAUUAAAUGCGAGAAUGGAAUUUUGUUAUCACAUUUUGCAGAAUUCCAUUACGGUUCUUUAUGCCCAUUAGCUAAUUAA